AUUGUUACCGUCCUCGAGGACCGCCAGCGUACCGGUGGGUAUCCUCGUAAUGGCGCGUACGGCCAGUGUUCAUCAAAUCUUAAACACUGUACGGAGCACCACUCGUACUAAGGUUGCACUCCCCCGUUCUUGGCGGCAUCUCGUUACAUCACCGUUUGCGGCCGCAAUAUCUUUCCAUACCGUAAGAAUGGUUUCGCUGCGUGGGCCUGAGGCUGCCAGAUGCAACUCAUGGAUUCCUUUUUUUUCCCUUUUUUCCCUUCUCUUCUCUCCCCCUCCCCCCUUCCUGAAUCCUUGGCUGGUCUGGCUCGCUUUCCUCUCGUCUCUCUCUUUCCUUUUUCCCUUUUCUUUUUUCGUUUCUUGUUCCCCUCCGUUCCUCGCCUUUUCAUCAUCGCUCUGGCUAGUGUUCGCUCCACUUCCAUCCGACUCCAGCCCUUGGAUGUAUACCCAUCAUUAUCCACUCCACUCCCCACGCUUCGACCUAGUCCCUGCUAAUCCUGGCCCGGCCUAACGACCACCUCGACGGCUCUCUAGGCUGACUUGGGGGACCGAUUUCUUUUCACUACCACGACGUACUUUCACUCUUCCGAGUGUCUCCACACUAACCCUCCCGGGCUCAUCUCGGUCUUCCCUUGAACAUCGAUCUGCCAAUCCUCUCGCGUCCGCUCCCUUCACCACUUCUCCCUCUUCUCCCUCGCUUCUCCCCACCCACCCUC